UCUCUCAACUUUCCCCUUCUUUAGAUCUCUUCCACCUAAUCCCCUUCCUUCAUUUCACACAGCUUCAGAUCCACCGCCUUGCCGCCGUCAACGGAGAUGGAAGUGGCCGUCGGAGUCUCUCCCGCCGGCGACCUGUUCAACUUCGGCAGCCCUUGCUCCUCCCACUAUCUCUCCGCUCCUUCCACUCCCUUCUCCUCCCUCAGUGCGCCCACCAGCCCCUCCUCUCUCGCCGUCAACUUCUUCCGCCACGACGACGACGUUCCGAUUGGCUCUCCCUCCGCCGUCCCCUUCCGCUGGGAGGAGAAACCCGGCAUUCCCAAAUCCCCCAAUUGCUCCGCCGAGCAAGAUUUUGAAUUUGAUUUCAGCCGUCAGUCGCUCUGCACUAAAGCUUCCCUCUCCGCCGAUGAGCUCUUCGUCGGCGGUAAAAUCCGGCCGCUCAAACCCCCUCCCGGAUUCCAGUCGAACAUGUCGUCGCCGAGAUCGCCGCACAAUUCGAGGAUUUCCCCUCGGAAAACGAAGAACAGCUCCGACAUGAACAUCAACGACGACCCAUUUGAAGCGGCGCUAAUGAAAGAGACUCUUAACCAUCGAACCAAUUAUGAGCUCGCUGAUAAACAGAGCAAAAACAGAGGAAGAACAGAGGAAAUCUCAUACAUUUCCUCUAAUUUUGAUCGCAAACCCACUCGAUCCGUUUCCCCUUACAGAAUCUCUUCUCGAACUCCAAUUCACGGCGACGGCGACAGCUGCACGGUCGCCGGAAAGUCAAAGUCGUUGUCGUUCUUGUCGGCGAUAUCGUUCUCUAAGGCCAAUAGAAAAUGGAGGCUCAGAGACUUAUUGUUUCGUAGCACUUCCGAAGGCCGAGCAACGGAGAAAGCUGAUAAGCUGAGGUCUACGUACGUUGUAAUGUCGGAAAGAAUGGAGAACGACGUGAAGAUUUCGAGUUUCCGAUCAGCCGACAGCGUCGGUCCAAGGAGGCAUUUCACAGCGGCGAACCGGACGGUUUCCGAGGAGUUUAUGAAGAAGAGGAGCUUUUUGGGCCGUUGCUUGCGGUUUAACCGGUCCGGUAUGCAGGAAAUUUCUAGAGAUAUUGGGUCGUUGACACGUGGAUGAACCGGUAGAUUUUUAAUUUUGAUUUUUUUUUUGUUUGGAUUGAUAAA